AUGGAGGCUGUGAGGUGCAAUAUCGUGCAGGCUGCUUCAGUGGCUCCCGCCCUCCGUGGCGCGGAGACCAAGGCUACCCUGUCCUCCGCUAAGGCUCCCCUUGGCCUGUACUCUGGCCUGAGGAAGACCACCUCGGCCAAGGCUUCCAAGAAGAGCCGUGCUGCAGUGAAGGCUCAGGCUGCCAAGGUCACGGCUUCUACUGCUGUCGAGGUCGUUGAGAAGACUGAGGCCGCUCUCCUUGAGAAGGCCAUCAACGCUAUCAGGUUCCUCGCCAUCGAUGCCGUCGAGAAGGCGAAUUCCGGUCACCCCGGUCUUCCCAUGGGCUGCGCUCCCAUGGCGUUCGUGCUCUUCGAUGAGUUCAUGAAGUUCAACCCCAAGGACCCUUACUUCGUCAACCGCGAUCGCUUCGUGCUCUCUGCUGGUCACGGAUGCAUGCUCCAGUAUGCUCUGCUUCACCUUUUCGGCUACGACAGCGUUCCGCUUGAGGAGAUUAAGAACUUCCGUCAGUGGGGAAGCAAGGCCCCUGGCCACCCCGAGCACUUCAUCACCCCCGGUGUUGAGGUGACCACGGGUCCUCUCGGCCAAGGUAUUGCCAACGCUGUCGGUCUGGCUCUUGCGGAGAAGCACCUUGCUGCUCGCUUCAACAAGCCUGGGUUCGACCUCAUCGACCACUACACCUAUGUUAUUCUCGGAGACGGAUGCAACAUGGAGGGUAUCUCCACCGAGGCUGCUUCCCUCGCCGGUCACUGGGGUCUGGGCAAGCUCAUCGCUCUGUACGACGACAACCAUAUCUCCAUCGAUGGCAACACCGAGAUUGCAUUCACUGAGGACGUGAGCGCGCGUUUCGACGCUCUCGGCUGGCACACAAUCUGGGUGAAGGACGGCAACACCGACCUGGACGCCCUUCGCGCGGCCAUUGAGGAGGCCAAGUCCGUUAAGGACAAGCCCACCAUGAUCAAGAUCACCACCACCAUCGGCUUCGGUUCCCCCAACAAGGCCAACUCGUACGCCGUUCACGGUGCUGCUCUUGGUGCCAGCGAGGUCGCUGCUACCAGGGAGAACCUCAACUGGCCGUAUGCGCCGUUCGAAGUCCCUGAGGAGGUCUAUGCGCACACCCGCAGAAAGAUUGAGGAGGGUGCCAAGUUGGAGGCUGAUUGGAACGCUCUUCUGGCCAAGUACGAGAAGGAGUACCCCAAGGAGGCUGCCGAGUUCAAGCAGCUCAUCAGCCUCGAGCUCCCAGAGGGAUGGGAGAAGGCCCUUCCGACCUACACCCCUGACAUGCCUGGGGAUGCUACCCGCAACCUGUCCCAAGUGAUGCUGAACGCUCUGGCUGACGUUCUCCCCGGCCUUGUUGGUGGCUCCGCCGAUCUGGCCUCCUCCAACAUGACCCUGCUGAAGAAGCACGGCAACUUCCAGAAGGACACCCCUGCUGAGAGGAACAUCCGCUUCGGUGUGCGCGAGCACGCCAUGGGAGCCAUCGCCAACGGUAUCCAGCUGCACCACACCGGCCUCAUCCCCUACGUCGCCACCUUCUUCAUCUUCUCUGACUACAUGCGCAAUGCCAUCCGCAUCUCCGCGCUCGGCGAGACUGGUGUCAUCCAGGUCAUGACCCACGACUCCAUUGGUCUUGGAGAGGACGGCCCCACUCACCAGCCUAUUGAGCACCUGGCGUCCUUCCGCGCCAUGCCCAACCUGCUGAUGAUGAGGCCUGCUGACGGUAACGAGACUGCGGGAGCAUACAAGGUGGCUGUGCAGAACAGGAAGAGGCCGACUGUGCUCGCCCUCUCCCGCCAAAAGCUGCCCAACCUUGCUGGCACCUCCAUUGAGGGCACAGAGAAGGGUGGAUACAUCAUCAGCGACAACUCCACUGGCAAGCCUGAUGUGAUCCUCAUGGCCACUGGCUCUGAGCUCGAGAUGGCGGAGAAGGCUGCUAAGAUCCUCAGGGACGAGGGCAAGGGCGUGCGCGUUGUCUCCAUGGUUUGCUGGGAGCUCUUCGAGGAGCAGCCCGAGGAGUACAGGAAGUCUGUCCUCCCUGAUGACGUGCGUGCUCGUGUCUCUGUUGAGGCUGGCUCCACCCUCGGCUGGCACAAGUAUGUGGGCGACAAGGGCAAGACCAUUGGUGUUGACGAGUUUGGUGCGUCUGCCCCGGCCAACAUCCUGUAUGAGAAGUAUGGCAUCACUGUCGAUGCUGUGGUUGAUGCUGCCAAGGCUGCCAUGGCCUAA